AAAAAAAAUUUUAGUGUGAAUUUGAGUUUGAAAAGAGAAAAGUGAAUUUUAAAUUAUCGUAAAAAAGCUUAGCCACUGGCCAACGAAGUAUAGUAAAUUCAAAAAGAAAAAAAAGCUUCCACCAAAAGUAAAAUUUAAUCGAAACGACAAUUUAAAAUUCACUUUGCCAACAGAGCAGUAAACGUACGGUAUUUAUAUUCACUUAAUUCGUAAUUACCGUAAAUCAAAUCAAAUUGAGAAACAAAAAUAAUUAAAGACCAUACAACUAAAUUUACAAUUGUAUAUAAUUCCAAAAUCUGAGCCAAAAAAUGAACGUAAUACACGAAGUGCCGAUCGGCGAUCUGAACGGCAAUGAAGCCAAAGCAAUUACGACUGUAGCGGUAGUGUCUACCUCCAGCCUCACUAAUGCCAAGAGUACUACUUCCAGCACUAGCAACAGCACCAAAGUCACCAUCAACUCCAGCACCAGUGACAUCGACGUUCCGCCGACUGAGAAGGAAGAGCAGGCAGAGGACAUCACAGCAACCAAAAACGGUAACGAUAAGAAGUCAACGGACAGCAACGACCAGAGCGCUGGUGAUGGUCCACAAGCUAGCAGCAGCAGCAAGAGUGAGUCCACAAUAACAACAACAACAACAGCCGCAACAGCCAGCAACACCAUCAAUGCCAACUCCAACAAUUUACGCAAGGAUCUCAAUGAAGAUCUGAAAAUACUUGGCCAUUUAAAGAGCAUCGAGAAGAUCAAUGAGAAGCGACGUCUCUUUCUCAACAACACAAUUAGCGAGUAUACGAUCGAUGAGAAGACCGAAAGUGAGAUCAAAACGCAAUCGAUUAAUGGCGCCGAAACUGUCCUCAAUGAAAUACGUACACAUACACGCGAGGAACAGGCGCACGUGGGCGGUGCGAAGUUGGGUAGCUCCAGCGCAACCGAUAUCAAUGGCCUUGAAAAGACGACAUCGGAAAAAUUCUCCACUACUAAAUAUGCAACGCUACCGCGUAAGACGAGCUCACCGCCACCCAAACCGCCUAUGUUGAGUCGUACGCGUAGCAUUGGUAUUGGCGAUCAGAAAUCUUACUCUGCCACAUCGGUGCCUUCUACGCCAACGGCGACAGCAGCAGCAGCGACAGCGGCGAAAUCACCAAUCGCAAGCGUUCCGCCGUCGCCGAUUGCACCAAUCGCUGUACCCACUCCCACAACUACACCAACACCAACAUCACCAACUUUAGCCAAUUCUAGUGGUGCGAGUAGCACUGCAUCAGGCCUAGCAACACCGAAGACCACUUUGGCACCUACUUUAAUUACCAGCUCUAUGCUGCCACAACCAAUCAAAGUGGCGACUGUACAGCUAAGGGAAGAAACUGCGCCGACAUUGCGUCGGAUGGUGGAACGACCUGUCUCCUUAUCGCCGGAAGCGCCCAAACAGAUAUCCGUCAAUCACUAUGAACGUCUGAUCGAGGAACUCAAAUGCCCCGGUUGUGCAUACCCGAUGAAAACACCGAUUUUGCUAUGCAAGACUGGGCACAGUAUUUGUCAGCAGUGCACAAGGGUGCUCUUACUCUGCCCGCUGUGUAAGGAACCGUUCACCACUAUACGCUCUCUCACCGUGGAAGCGCUAUGCUCCAAGGCGCAUUUCCGUUGCUCGAAUGCCGCAGGCGGUUGUACGGUACGCUUGCAAAUUGAAUUGCUGAGCUGGCACGAGAAGCAAUGCAUCUACAAGCCAAUGAAAUGUUUUAUGGGCCGUGUUUGGGGUGAUUGCGAUUGGGCUGGACGUGAGGCACACUGGAAGGACCACCUGGAGAAAGAUCACGCCCACAAGGUGUUCCAUUCACAAACCACUGACAUGAUUUGGAAUAUGGGCGUAAAGCAGAAGCCGCUCACCGGCUAUUAUGUCUUCAUUGUAUUCGAUGAGAUGUUCAAUUUCUAUGAAGUCUACGACAAGGAGCGCAUCCUAUUCACCAUGGCCUGCACAUCGACCAUCAAGGAGAAGAAGCACAAUUAUGCCUUCGAGGUGACAAUUGUGCAUCAGGAAAAUGAAGCCAUUGCCAUCACACAAAAGUAUCCUGUGCAUAGUGAAUAUGAUAAUGACAUUUUGGCGGAGGGCUCUUGUAUUAGUAUGCAACUAACAGAUCUGGCCAAAUUCAUCGAUGAAGAUCGGUUAUUGCACUAUCGCGUACGCAUUGUGGAAAUAAAAACGCCACGUAAAUCGCGAAAUUCGCAACGCAGCAGCCCCAAUACUGGCGUACAUCCGACAGACUUUCAACAGACACAAAUCGAAGGUGUCAACCUGAAGAGUGUACCUGCCGAAGUGAUUGUUACGCGUAAGCUGGACGACAUACCCUAUGCGGACAACUCUAGCGGUGCCACGCCCAAAAGUGGCGGUGCCCAAUCGACUGAAGGCGUGAGUGAAACAGAUGGUGAGCGCGUCAAACUUAAAAACAUUUACAAUGGAAAAUUUUCCAGCAAUGAAAGCGGCUCAGAAAGUGAUCCGGAAUUUGAAGCUUUCAUAGCGAAAAAAUGGGGAACACCACAAUUGCAUUUCAAUCGAAAGUUUUUGAAAAACAAUUCCGAUGAGAGCAAUUCAACAGAAGAAGCGGACAGUGCGCGUCGAUUUGAUCGGCGAUUUGUGCCGGAUGACAAGAUUUCAGUGACCAGCACCAGUACGAGCUACAAGAAGCGUGUGACGAACUCACUGCGCAAAAGUUUUCGUGGUUUCAAGACGCCGCAGCUAUUUGGCAAAAAGACGGUCGACGAUAUCAAAGACAGCAAGUAGAGUACAGAAGCAGUGAUACCAAAUGUGUGUGGACACUCAAAAUUAGAUUUAUUUCAGAAUUUUUAAAUAUCUACGUAGAUGUGUUGGUAAACUAUUGGAUUUUCAUUGAUGCCUAUAGACUCUUUUGUUUGUAUUGUUGUUGUUUUGUUCUACCUACACUUAUUGAUGGACAUAACAGGGCAACCAAAUAUCUCAUGAGUAGGUAUUAGUUCCAAAUUAAACCAUUGUAUAAAUACAAAUAUCUGUUUGUAUGUAUGAAUGUGUGUAUUUAAUGUAAUAAAUUUAAAAAAAUUCAGUUAAA